AUGGAGAAGUUCACCAAGGUGCGGCACAUUGGCAAGGGCAACAUGGGGGCCUGCGCCCUCGUCCGCAACAACGAGGAUGGCAAGUGCUAUGUGAUCAAGCAAGUCGAUCUUGGUAGGCUGAGUAGAAGGGAACGUCAGCAGAGUCUCAAUGAGGCGCACUUAUUAAGUUCUCUGCAACACCCAAACAUUAUCAACUAUGUAGAUAGCUUUCUCUCAAGGAAAUCCGAUUAUCUUUGUAUCGUCAUGGAGUUUGCCGAUAGUGGAGACCUGAGUGCACGCAUUAAAAAGUCUUACGGUGUCAACUUUCGUGAGUCACAGGUGCUGGACUGGAUUAUUCAAUUGGUGCUGAGCCUCUCUUACAUUCACAAGCGCAGGAUCCUUCACCGCGACAUCAAGUCUCAAAACGUUUUUUUGACAAGCCAGAAUAUUCUGAAGCUCGGAGACUUUGGCAUCGCGUGCACCCUUUGUGGCACAUACGAUCAAGCCAGGACUUUUGUUGGAACCCCGUACUACCUUUCCCCUGAGUUAAUAUUAGAACAUCCCUACGAUCACCGCAGUGAUGUGUGGGCGCUUGGAGUGGUAGUCUACGAGCUUAUGGCAUUGAAGCAUCCAUUUAAUGCAACUAACAUGAAGGGACUGAUGCAGCGCAUCCUCAGGGUGCAAUACGAACCUGUUCCAAAGUUAUAUUCCACUGAGCUGCGAGACAUUGUACCACGUCUUCUAACUAGGGAACCAUCGCAACGCAUAAAGUUGGAGGAACUGCUUGAGCUUCCUGUAGUGCAACGACGGAUGAAGGAGUGGAUGUCGUCUGAUGUGAUGCCUAAAAGCUAUAUUGACGCCCUUCUGCAGCAUAAUUUACUGCCAACUGCGAUCGCUGCGUUACGAAAGAGUAAUGUCCCAGGCACAGUUGUCACCUCAGCGCAGCCCUCUGCUCUACCCUCCUCAGGAGACAUGCCAAAUGGUGCGCAUCGGGCCCAGCCCGAGCCCGCGGUGGAAGCACCUUUGCCUCCUUUGCGCUCGGACAGGAAUCUACCGCCUGUGCCACACCGCAGGUUGCUUCCAUUGGAGCAACAGCAACAGCAACAGCAACAGCAACAGCAGCAAGAACAACGAAAAUCAACAUUGCCGCAACAACAUCAUCUGCCACCGUACCAAAGGUCAGUGCCAAGGCCUUUAAUAGAUGCCAAUCGACUCGAUGUACUUCAGAUGCCAAGGCAAGCAAAAUACCGCUAUCUCAUGUACAAAAAUAUCAAUGGCGGGUAUAACUCUCAAGCUGUUUCUGGCGAUGGACAGAGGGACUCACGUGUCUCAGUCUCCGUGCCGCUGCAGAUGCCUUCCAACAACGUUGUUCAUCGGGCUAAUAUUUCUCAUGUUCAACCGGUGGGUGUAGGUGGUGCGCAACGCUCCUCUCUCUCGCGGGAUGUUUCUCAUGACCAUGCCGACGUCGGUAGCGCGGCAUUCGUCUAUGCUAGCAAUCCACUUAGUAACAGGCCUGAACCCAACGCCCACGCCGUGGGAGGUUUGCCGUGUCAGAUCAAAGCAGAACCAGACAAAGAAGGUGGAAACCCGUUUUUUGUGGAUCACCGUCUUGGCAAGCGUGGCCAGCAGGGACCGAGCAGUGUGGUCUCGUGUCUCAACCCCUUCCUUCAGCAGCCUUCAGUUGGAGUGACCCCGCUGCCAUGUGCUCCACAGCUGCCCAACAUGGACAUUAAAGCUAUGCUUCAGCGUGCUGCGUUGGAACGGGCCCAGCGACGCGCCUUUUCGUGA